UCUUAUCCUCAGCAAUACCGCAGUGAUUACAACAGCUGACUCCAUCCAGCGCUAUUGUUAUAUUCAUCAGUUUAUCAUCCUUAUCCGCAUCCUGUGCGUUAUAUACAUGUUCCCGGCGAUACUGCGGAUUGCACACCCCGAACUACCGGCAUUUUGAGCACUGCUUAUCGGGCUUAACCGGAAGUACAUCCACAUCCGUAUCCGCUGGCGCAUAAUCAUGCUCUACCGGUAAUUCCUUCCAGUCGAAUCUUGUUGGAUCCGCCGGUCCCGGUCGGAAGUAAUAAUUAUUACUGGAGUGUACACCUCGCACUCCUGACAACUAUCCACAUUCUCCCGUCAGCAACGGGCAUUUUCCCGCCUCCUGCGAAACAACGAUGGCCUCGUCUACACAGACUGACCGACAACGAAGUCAACGCACCGCCACCCCGGCCGACAUCCCGCGUUUCCUCCGCCUAAUUAGCGCGCUCAUCGUAGCGGCGCUCUAUGUACCUUUUGCUCAUGCUCAUGGAAAACAGGUGGUGAAGCGGCAAGCCGGCGUGCCGGCGCCGGCGCAGAACCCGCCGGUCUUGCAGGCGCUGGACCAGCUGCGCGGCAACGAGGCGCUGUCGGCGACGCAGGUGCAGCAGGUGCUGGCGGGCGCCUACCCCGGCCAGUACCCCACCUACAGCUACAUCCCGCAGACCUCCUUCAGCUGCACGCAGGUCAGACAGUUCGGCUACUACGCCGAUCCCGAGACGCGCUGCCAGGUCUUCCGCCGCUGCGAGGCCAACAACUUCAUGUUCUCCUACAUCUGCCCCAACGGCACCGUCUUCAAUCAAAUAACCCUGGUGUGCGACUGGUUCUUCAACGUCAACUGUCCCGUCGCCAACGGAUUCUUCGACUACAGCAACCCGCGAAUUUACCGACAAGACCUGCACCUCUUCGACGACUACUACCCGGGGGCGGGCGCCUACGGCGGCGCUGCUGGUUAUUCUCCGUACCCCUCCGCUUCCGGUGCCUCCGGCGCGGUGUACGCCCCGGCCGCGCCCUCCUACGCCGCGGCCGCCGCCCCGGCCUACAGCAGCGGGCUGUACAGCGCGACCGGCGCCUCCGGGGGGCUGUACGGCGGCAGCUACGGCAUGUCCGGUUCGGCGCCCAUUCCGGCCAUCGCGCCAGCGGCACUGGCCACCGCCCCCGCCGGCGGCGUCCUGGCGCAGGCCACGCCCAACACCGCGGCCCAAGCCGGCGCCACGCAGUACAGGAACCGGAUGGCCAAUGUUAAUAGCCCGGCGGCGCCCGCCACCGACGGCGAUGCUGUGAUAAUAUAGUUGAAUCGACAGGCAUGGAAUUUAAUUCGAUUAAAUUAAAAUUUAGUAAAUUCAAUUUGAUUAAAUUAAAUUGAAUUAAAAGAUAGAUUGAUUAAUGCGAAUUUCGCCGCUGACCUGCGUGUCAGUACUCGGCGCAUGCCGGUAAAAACCCGGCUGGCCAAAAUUGUAUAUAGUGCAUGCAAGCAAUAUUUACCAAUUAUUGUACAAUAUUUGUG